AUGAAAUCAUAUGUGCAAAUUGUUCAGGUUCCUAGUGCAGAUACGAAUUUACAACCUUCUAUUCUUUUGCAUUAUGAUAAAAAAAGAUAUUUGUUUGGUGCUGGAGAGGCAAUUCAGAGAACAUGUGUUGGUAGGAAGAUUAAAAUUAGGAAAAUUCGGGAGGUAUUCUUGACUUUUGGUUCGAGGGGUAUAUGGGAGGGUUUUGGUGGAUUUCCAGGUGCGGUUCAUGAUAUCAGAGAGCUUAUGCUCAAUCAGUUUGAAGGUGAUGUUACAAUCCAUGGACCUCAAAAUACUUUUUAUUUGAUGUUGACUUUAAGGCAUUUUAUCUAUAGGCCAAAUAUUAAAAUUAAGAUUAACGAAUUUAGGUCUGAAACUCAUAAAUUUGUUGAUGAAAAUAUUACUAUUACUCCUGUUAUUUCUUCCCCGUAUAAUCAUAAAUUUAACAAUGAAACGCACAAAAUUGAAGGUUUUUAUGACAAAAAACGACCUUUUGGCGAAUUUUUGAAAGAUAUUGAUGACAAUGAAGAACUUAUGCAAAAAAUGUUUCUUUGUUCUAGUAGUAAUGAAGUAAAAAUUACAUGUUCUGAAAAUAAUCAUGAGGAGAAUUUAUUAUUUAAUUCGAAUAAUAUUAGUUUUGAAAAUAUGCAAAAUAAAUUCAAAAUUACACCUUUUUCUUUAUCUGUAACUUAUAUAUGUGAAGGGCAUUCACAGCCCGGCAAAUUUGAUCCAGAUGCUGCUAAAGCUUUAGGCAUUACUCCUGGGCCUCAAUUCGGAAAACUUUCUAAAGGAGAAAAUAUUGUUCUUGAUGAUGGAAGAGUUAUAUUCCCUCAUCAAGUUAUAGGUGAACCUCGCCCUGGUUCUAUUUUUAUUAUAGUAGAUUGUCCAGAUAAAAAUUAUAUUGACUCGUUAAUUCAAAGGGAUAUUUGGAGUACGUAUUACAAAACCGGGGAAAAAAAAGUACAACUUAUUGUUCAUAUGGUUAAUGAAGAUGUUUUAAAUGAUAGCCGAUAUAUUAAUUGGAUGUAUCAAUUUAGUGAAAAGGUUCAACAUAUUAUCUCAUGUCCUUCUCUAUGUCCCGAUUUGAUAACGCAUCGAAAAGUAGCUUUACAGCAGCUGAAAUUAAACAGGUUAUCAAGAGAUCAUUUUCCUUUACCACAGUGCAUGACUUUUCAAUCAAAAAAAGAUCAAUUGAAUUUAGAGAAUUUACUUGUGACCGGUAUUAAACCUUUGCAAAAGUUUAUAUUGGAGCCUACUCCGUUAUUUUUAGAAGAUGAAGUACCCUUGCCCAUUGAUCUAGAAUCUCCGGAAAAUUUUGAAGGAUUAGAUAUUUAUUUAUCUCUUGCAAAAGAGGCAAAUGAUAAUAUUCUUCGUGAUCGAGAGAAAAAUAAUGCUAAAUCAAAUGCAUCUGGUUCUAACGUUAGAGUUAUUACUCUUGGAACAGGUUCUGCUUUUCCUUCUCAUUAUCGAAAUGUAUCAUCAACUCUUCUUAGAAUUCCUGGUUAUGGUUCAGUGAUGUUGGAUGCUGGUGAAGGGACUUUGGGACAAUUAUCAAGGCAAUUUGGGUUAGGUUUAAAUGCUUUCUUGGAAGAUUUAAAAUGGAUUUAUAUAAGUCAUCUUCACGCAGACCAUCAUCUGGGCACAGUUCGAGUAUUGAAAGAAUGGAAUAGAGUGAAUCAUGGAAAUGAUAGAGUAAUUUAUAUUUCUGCUCCUUGGAAGUAUUUUUAUUUUCUUCAAGAAUUUUCUAAUAUAGAAGAUUUUGGCUGGAAGCGUAUAAAAGUUAUAUUAAAUGAGGAUGUAUGUGAAGAUGCGAAUCUUAAAAAAGGUAUUUUAGGGUUACAUACUUGUUCUACGAAUAUAAAUGAUCUAUUAAAAGACCUAUCUCUUCUAUCAUUUUCUACUGUUAGUGCAAUACAUUGUCCGUGGUCUUUUAGUAUGCAAAUUACACAUAAAGAUGGUUGGAAAGUUGCCUAUUCAGGAGAUACAAGACCUAAUGAAAAUUUUAUUAAACUUGGAAUGAAUUCAACACUAUUAAUCCAUGAAGCGACCCUUGAUGAUGAUAAACUUCAAGAAGCUAUUAAAAAAAAACAUAGUACGACUAGUGAAGCGAUUGAUAUAGGGAAAAAAAUGAAUGCUGGGUUUACACUUUUAACUCAUUUUAGUCAGAGAUAUCCUAAAAUUCCAAACUUCAUAAUGAAUGAUAAUUGUAAUAAAAAUAAAUUAGGGAUUGCAUUUGAUGGUAUGGAAGUUAAAUUCUCCGAUUUCUGGAAAUUACCUUAUUAUUCAAAUGCUCUUAAAGUUUUAUAUGCAGAUGAAUUUAAUGAAAAAGAAGACUUUCUUUUAGAAUAA